AUGAGAAAUCAUGAAAACCGACCCACUGAUUCUACACCAUUGCUUGAAGUGGAUGAGAUGUAUUCCCAUUAUGCUAUGUGUGGAAAAGACUGUGACUCUAUUCGUGGUCCUGGUCGUAGACAAGGAAGAAAUUUUCAUGGUGUUAAUCAUUCCCCAAAGAGAAAUAACCACCAAAAGUGGAAAGGGAAAGAUGAGAAGCCAAAAUCAAAUGGUUCAGAAACUAAAUGCUAUCGUUGUGGUGGAAAAGAGCAUUGGACAAAUAUUUGUCGUGUACCAAUAUAUUUGGUUGAGAUUUAUCAAGCAUCUCUAAAGAAUAAAAACCCUGAAGCCAAUUUUGUCUCUGACAAUGAUUUUGACAUUACCCACUUGGAUGUGGCAGACUUCUUUGAGCACCCUGAUGGAAAAAUGUACCAUUUGAUCGGUGAUGGAUCUGUGGUUAAAGAUGAUUGA